GAAAGAAGAUAGCAGAUUAGCAGACACGAAAAUUCCAGCGAUGGGCAAAGAGAAGCAGUAUUGGCUUCUGAAAACAGAGCCAGGCGAGUGGUCAUGGGAGGACCAAGCAGCCAACAACGGCAUAACCAAGUGGGAUGGAGUCAAGAACAAGCAGGCACAAAAGUACCUCAAGUCCAUGAACCUCGAUGACCUCUGCUUCUUCUACCACUCCGGCGCUAAAGCCCGCCGCGUAGUCGGCGUCGUGAAGGUCGUGCGCGAAUGGUAUUCGGAAGGCGAAAACGGUGACGGUGCGGUUGACGUGAAGGCGAUUGGGGAGAUGAGGAGGCCGAUUGACUUGAAGGAGAUGAAGGGCGAGGAGGGUCUUAAAGGGUUUGCUCUGUUUCGGCAGCCGAGGCUUUCGGUUGUGCCGGUUUCGGAGGAUGUGUGGUUGAAAGUUUGUGAUUUGGGAGGUGGGUUUGUAGGGGAUGGUGUUGUUGUGGAGGAUGAUGUAUCUGGUGAUGAAGUAGAUGAUUGAAUAGGAGGUGGCCAGGUGGGUUUUGGUUCUUUUUUGUUAGUUUGCAUACUAGUGUUUGUGAUAAUGCCUCAAAGAACCAUAGCUGCUUGUAUUCUGGAUUGUGUU